UUCAUGAAUUCGAACAGUGGAUUGUAGUCUGGAUUCAGGAUUGCACCUGGCUGUACAGAUAAAACCGUUUACCUCCCUACGUUAAGAUCAAUGACAAAGAGGAAACAUCAAGUAAACAGAAAAUUGUGGAGUGGGGGAGGGGAGGGAAACCUGGAAAUAACCAACGCCAGGUGAGGUCACACUGUGAUUUUUUAAUCUGCAGAGAAAACCUGUUUUGCCUGUAGUUCAUACCUACCUGCUGUUUUCUGUCCCUCCCCUGGAUCUGGGUGUAACUCUCUAUUAAGAUUUUUAGUUCUAUUAGUUGGCAUAAGACGUGCUAUAGCUCUGAGACAGAAUGGCGUCUGGAUCUUCUCCCCUGGAAGAGGAGCUCUCCUGUCCUGUGUGCACUGAAAUCUUCAGGGAUCCUGUUCUCCUGAGAUGCAGUCACAGCUUCUGUAAGGCCUGUCUGCAGAAGUACUGGGCACAGAAGGGAUCUCAGGAGUGCCCAGUUUGCCGGAGAAGAUCUUCUAUGGAUCCACCUCCCUAUAACCUGUCUUUGAGGAAUGCCUGUGAGGCGUUCUUAAAGGAGAGAAGUCAAAGAGCAAAAGCAGGAUCUGAAGUGCUCUGCAGUCUGCACAGUGAGAAACUCAAACUCUUCUGUUUGGAUGAUGAUGAACCCAUUUGUGUUGACUGUUUAACAGGAAUGCACAAAAAUCACAAUUUCUGUCCUGUAGAGGAGGUUGCAUUGAAAUAUAAGGAGAGAAACAGGACUGCACUGGCUCCACUGCAGGAGAAGCUAAAAGCCUUUAAUGCAGUGAAACUAGUCUGUGAUCAAACAGCAGAGCACAUCAAGAGCCAGGCCCAGCACACAGAGAGACAGAUAAAGAUGGAGUUUGGAAAACUUCAGCAGUUCCUAAAAGAUGAAGAGGCAGCCAGGAUCACUGCACUGAGGGAGGAAGAGGAGCAGAAGAGUCAGAUGAUGAAGGAGAAGAUUGAUAAGAUGACAGAAGAGAUAUCAUCCCUUUCAGAACAAAUCAGAGCCAUAGAACAGGAGCUGGGAGCUGAAGACAUCUCAUUCCUGCAGGAACCCACCCACCACCAGGAGAUCAGGACAAGGCAGCACUCUUCCCCUCUGACCCUCCCCUUCCCUUCCACGGAGCCCCCGACGCAGGUAAGAGCAACACCCCUCACACAACACACACUUUUAAGCCGCUGGGGUUCCCCUCACACGUGCCCACACUCAGCAAAAAAAACAGUGUACCCACUCUGGCCCCCCUGCGCCUCAGCCCCGCUGCCGGAGGGGGGAGACCUCACCCUGCCCUGGAGAAAUGAAGAUCUAAUGUUGCUGCUGCUAAUCUUCUAUGGUAAUGAAGCCACGCCCACAGCACAAGUGACUCCUGAAUAUUAUUGCAGAGCCCAGUGCACACUGGCGGAUCCAGAGAAGGUCUCAGGAGCGCUGAUUGAUGUGACCAAGCACCUGGGCAAUCUGAAGUACAGAGUGUGGGAGAAGAUGCUGGGGACUGUUCAAUACACUCCUGUGACUCUGGACCCAAACACAGCACAUCCCAACCUCUCACUGUCUGAGGAUCUGACCAGUGUGAGACGCAGUGAUGAGAGACAGCAGGUUCCUGAUAAUCCAGAGAGAUUUGAUAGGUGCAGUUUUGUGCUGGGCUCUGAGGGAUUUAGCUCAGGGAGACACUGCUGGGAUGUAGACGUGGAGGAUAAAGAUGACUGGGUGGUGGGUGUGAUUAAAGAGUCCAUCAGCAGGAAAGAGAUCUUCACCCCGAGUGCAGGAGGAAUGUGGGGUAUACAGCAGUUUUUUGGGGAAUACCGAGCCCUGACAUCACAAUGUACAGCCCUCACUGAGCAGAGGAAACUCCAGAGGGUCAGAGUGCAGCUGGACUGGGACAGGGGGGAGGUGUCAUUCUCUGACCCCAGUGACAACACUCCUCUCUACACUUUCAAACACUCCUUCACUGAAAGUGUGUUUCCAUUCUUCUGUCCUGGUUCUCUGCGGAUCUGUCCACUGAAGGUGUCUGUAAGAGUGGAAUAGUGCUGUGGUUUGUGGGCAAGGAUCAGGUGAACAGACUGCUUCUUUCACUUUGAUUAAUGAGAUGAAAAUAUCUAUUAUGAUGUUUUCUUUAAUCAUUUAAAAAAUAUAGAUCCAUGUCUGCAGCAGUUCAUGAUGAAUGUAACUUUGUAACCUCAUGAUGUCAAAGUUGAGGUAAAGCAUUGGUUUUUGUGUAAUCAGUUGAGGUGUAAUAAAUGCACCAGUGGAAUCA